UCGAGCUGGCCGCGAGGCGCCGUCUCCGCACGCCUGUACGACGCCAUUUGUGGUGAUACCGAGCUAUAAGUCAAGCGAGUGCUACAUAAAUCUGCGGGCAUCAGUUCUUGACGAAGCAAUCGCGGUGCCAGCGCAUUUUGCAGAAACUGAGAGGCAGGGCAGUGGCCAGCAUCAGCGCUCAAAUCCAGCGCUACGGACAGCACCAGCGCUCGAAUCCAGCGCUACGGACGCCAGCGGAUGCGUGGCGUCCUCAUCAUGCUCGCGGUCGCGAGAACCGCGGUCCGCGCGCUGCGCGGUCCGGUGACUUGCGCGGCGCGGCCCAGGCCGAGGUUCGCCGCGGCGGUCGCCGAGGUCCAGGCCGAGGCGAACCCCUUUUCCAUUGUCAGGGACGACCUGAAGCUGAUGAAGCUGCGGAUCAAGGCCUUGGUCGAGAACACGCUCGACGAGCCCGGGAGGGGAGGCGGCGCGAGGAGCUCGGGCCGGUCUCAUCCCUUGUUGCAGGAGGCAGCUAGAGAGUUCUUUGAGCGAAGGGAACGCGCCUUCCGACCCGCUGUGGUUCUCUUAGUAGCAAGGGCCGUCGAGUCCACCGAGAAGGGCAAGCCGGUAAGUGCAAGGCAAUGUCUCCUCGCGGAGAUCGUCGAGAUGAUGUGCACCGCUACGAUUGUUCACGAUUCGGUCCUGGAGGACGACGAGGAGUCCAUGCUGGGCAACGUGGCUCAUAGAACUUACAGUCAAAACGCUGGGAACAAGGUAUCUGUCUUGGCCGGUGAUUUCUUGUUAGCUAGGUGUAGCGUAGCUCUAUCACAGUUAGGAGACCUGACGGUCGUCGAGCUCAUGGCUACUGCUUUAGAGUCCAUCGUGCAAGGUGGCGUUUUAAAGGCGCAAGCGCGGCAGGCCGGCGUCGCGCCCAGUCUGGAUGACUACGAAGGUCGGGUGCGGCUGAAGACCGCGUCACUCAUCGCGGACGCGUGUCGUUCAGCAGCGAUCCUCGCGGGCGAAGCCCAUGAUAGUGAGGUCGCGAACGCCGUCUAUGACUACGCGACGGCGCUGGGUCUGUCGUACCAGGUCAUGUUCGACACGAUAAGGUAUCAUCAGAUAUUGGAACUAGCGCAUGUGGCCGAGUCGGACGUGGCCAUUUCCGAGAGGAUCCUCCAGGAGUUUAUUUCGUCGCCGCCCGUGAUCCUGUCGGAAAUCGCCGACGUCAACGCGGCGACGACGUCGCGGGCGUCUCUUAAAAAGCUGUCGGGGGACGUCGAGGCGGCUUCCGGGUUAAAUCACGCGGUCGCGCUGUCGAAGGAGCACGCCGAGCGUGCGAAGAACGCGUUGGGGUUGCUGCCGGAGUCGCGCGAGAAGCAGGCGCUCCUCAUGAUGGCGGACUUCGUCUCGCAGGAGGACCAGGUCGGCCUGCAGCGGGAGAAGUACGUGCAGUCGCGCGCGGACGCCGCGCCGGUGUAAGGUUUCGAGUGU